AUUCAAGGGAAGCUCUGCAUCUUUUGUUUGCUUUGUGAAGCUUAUCUCAGGUGGUUACAACUACAGGAUUCAAGCCAAAGCCCGGACCCUGAUGAUUUAAUUAGAUAUGCCAAAGAAUGGGAUUUUUAUCGAAUGUUUGGAAUAGCAUCCCUAGAACAAGCUGCCUUUUUGAUUGGCAUCUUCACUGCUCUGUGGUUAGCAAGACCGAGAGUCCUACAAACCAAGGCAGAUUUCAUCUUACUUCUGAAAGCGCUGCUGCUGUCUAGUUACGGAAAACUUCUGCUGAUUCCAGCUGUUAUUUGGGAGCAUGACUAUACUCAUUUGUGUCUCAAGCUCAUUAAAGUAUUUGUCCUGACAUCAAAUUCUCAAGCAAUUAGAG